AACGCAAAGCUCCUGUGUUCCCAAAGGAGGAGACUUCAGGUCCUCAACUUCCCUCCCUUCCUUCACUGGCCUCCAAAAGGAGUGCAGGACAUGUUGGUGGAACUGAAGUGCUUCUGAAGGCAGAAGAACGGGCUAAGAGAUCCAGACCUGUCGUUUGAUUGACAGCCCUGCCUUAACAGCCUGUUUCCCAGAAGUUGUACAAAGGCGCGCUCACAGUUGCAAAGAGUCUGAUUCUUUCCUUCUAAGUCGAGUGAUUUCCCUGGUAAUGGAUUGUGUCUCUCCGAGUUUCCACCCUGCUGAGACCAGAUACAGCCUCUGAACCCCGCUAGAACAGCAGCAACGGUAAACAUGAAUGAAGAGCCUGUGAAGGAAAGCCUGGGAGCCCCCAAGUCUCCCAUGCCAGUGACAUCGGAGAAAAGCUCUAAGAGCGAGGUGGUGAUCAACACGGCCCCGCUGGUCACUGAGGUCCAGCUGCUGGCCGCCACCGGGGGCGCGGAGCUCUCCUGCUAUCGCUGCAUCAUUCCCUUCGCCCUGGUGGUCUUCAUCGCCGGGGUCGUGGUCACCGGCGUGGCUUACAGCUUCAAUUCCCACGGCUCCAUCAUCUCCAUCUUUGGCCUGGUCCUCUUGUCAUCUGGACUUUUUUUAUUAGCCUCCAGCGCCUUGUGUUGGAAGGUGAGACAGAGAAGCAAGAAAGCCAAGAGGCGCGAGAGCCAGACGGCGCUGGUGGCCAAUCAGAGAAGCUUGUUUGCUUGAGACUGAAUGAGACCAAAGGAUGGCUCUGUGGCCCCAAAGCCCUGCUCUAACUUGAUUUAUCCAGAACCAGAGAUGGAAUGGGCGUGGCUUGGGAGCAGACUAGAAAAAAAAAAAAAAAAAACAGGGAGUGGGGAUUGAAGGUGGGGGAAAGGUGAUUCCUCCUUUGUGAGGAGUUACCUGUCUUCUUCAAUGUCUUCUUAGUGACUCUCUUCUUUAAUGACAACCUUAAUCUUAAGGGCUAUUUCUAAGACCGAAGAAUCCCCCCACCCACCCCACCCAACACACACCUGUGACAAACCUUUCUGGGGUGGUGGCAGAUGGCACAGCAUUAGGUAACAUUUGGUUCACCUUGGAAAGCAGCCAAGAAGUGAUGAGAAAAUAACGUGGUCCUAGCACACCAGAGAUCUGCCUCCAAAAUACCCUGCACUCCUUCUUAAGAAGUCUGUAUUAGAAACAGGUUCUGCUGAAGGUCUGCGGCAUUACCUUGGACUUCACAUAUACAUCUAUGAAAUUCUGUCACUUUUUUUUUCCCCAGGAAGUUGAUUCUCUGACAUCUGUGUUUAUCUUUCAUUUUCAGUAACUCAUCACUGGUGGUACUUUAUCAUGAAGAAUAAACUAAUAUUUUAUAUAUAUAUAUAUUUUAACAUUGGACAAUUUAAGGUGAUUUUAAUGUUGUCUCAGAAGUGAACAUGAAAGGUAUAGCUAAUAGAUGACGGGGGGGGUUAAAUUAAUAUUAAAAUAAUCCAA